AUGUCGCGAACUACGCGUCUGAGAUCAAGAUCCGCAGCUACGGAGGCGACGCGACAUGUUAAAAAAGAUGAGAGCGAGAAGGAAGAACUAGAUACCUAUGGUCUAGUCGAAGAAGCUAAUGGGCGACCAUAUCAGCUGAUUGAGGGUUUACCCUGUUCUAUGGAAGUUCCUCAAUAUUCAAGCACUUUAACUCACGCCCUAUCUGUGAAAGAUUCAGCAGUCUUAUAUACUUCUAUGCUAAGUUCUAGGCGAACGUGGAUCAAUUCAGAAAUGUUCGAUAUGCUUUGGUCAAAACAGUAUUUGAAUGCAAAGGAGAAAGAGAGACUGGUAAAAGAGGGCAUUGACCCUGAAACAAUAGAUGCAAGUGCAGCUCGUGAAAAGAUGCAUAAGUUAUGUGAUUGUUAUAUGGUCGGUGGACCUCACACAUUUCCCAUUAGACUUUUUAUUUUGAAGAACGAUGAUAUUGAGAGGCAAUGGAAUGAAGCUCAAGAACAGAAGAAGAAAGAUAAAGAAGAACGAAAGAAACGAGAGCUGGAGGAGAAGAAGAAAAGGCAAGAAGAGAGGAAACAGCAGCAAUGGAUGAGGAAGCAAGAGAAACAACAACAAAAGGAGUCUUCUACCUCAAAGAAGACACCAAAUAAGGAGAAGAGCAAGAAGAAUAGCACAUCUCAAGCAUCAGCAGAAAAGCCUCGAUCUCAAACGCCCCAACAGAAAAAACCGCCUCCUCAAUCUGCUGAGGACCAGAAAAUGAUCACCAAUCUUAACCUCAUGGCACAAAAAGACCCCGACCUGAAUUCUUUGAUGGUAAUAGUAGCCGGUGGUCGUGCCACAGCCCAACAAGUGGAAGACUUUAAAAAGUACAUAGAAAAGGCCAGGAAAAUGCCAGCACCAACGGGGUGGAAGCCCAUUUCACCAGCCAAGGCUAAAACAAAAAAUAAUGACAAGAAACCCUCCAAAAACACGGUCGAAAAUCAGGAGGAGCUGGAUGCAAGGCAAACCCUCGAAAAAGCACCAGUCAAAGUAGAAGAUCCUUCUCAGCUAUCUCGUGAAACAACUCCUGGAACAACGUCCACUACGUCAGAGCAACCUAGACAGAAGCGCAAGUAUACGAAAAGGAAGAAAGUUGACAAGCCCGAGCCCGAGGAUAAAUCAAUGCAACUUACCACCUUUCAACAGAAGUAUAUGCAUAGUGCUGAUAUAGUUUUCGAGUAUGCGGAGAAUCCGAAUAAGAGAUUCAGUCUCCCAAAAGAUGCAAUCUUGGAGAAGUUAGAGGACGAAGAGUCUUACCUAAUGUCAUGGAUAGUGGUCCAUAAUAAGAAGGAGAUCUUUAAAUAUGAAGAAAGAGUCAAGAAAAAGCAUCAAAAAGAGCUCGCUAAGAAGCAUGCAAUGACAGAUCCUACCAAUAACAGUGAGAUCGAUGAGAAUGAUCCUUCUGAAGGAUCUUAUGAUGUUUUUGCUGAUCCACAAUCACCUGUGCCGCUUUAUACGCCCAUGACCGUCAAGUUUACUAAUAUUUCCAAAAAGUUCACACCGAUAAUUAUGAACAGCGUUCAAUCAGUCGAGACAACCCAGAAACUUAUGUCUAAAAUUAUUGAACGUGGAACAAAACUUUCCGGUUAUAAUUUGUGGUUUCAGUUGGAUGCUUAUGAUGAUGGUGAAUUAGCGGAAUCACUGAGAUAUGAUCUGAGAGAAUACGAACAGGGGUUUAAAAAUAAAAGGUUAAAAAAGCAGCUUUAG